AUGGGGGCUGGACAUUCAAAGCAGUCGAUCAAGGAUCGGCUCCAACGAGCAUUGAGGCCCCCAUGGGCCCGGGCAAAGAAAGGAAGUGACUCAGAGCUACAGUCUGAGAAACUUGAAGUCAGCGUCACCCGGACAAUCUCACGGGGGACGGCCCCAACCAUCAGAGCGCCGAGUCCAUUAGCACCAGCUGAGACGCAGUUGGCGGUUGCAUCGGGGAUUCUGGGCAAGCCUAUGCCGAAACAGCCCUUCUUGAGCGCAAUAAAAAUUUCUAGAGAGCCGUUUACUAUGUCCAGUACAACGUCGAGGUCAGAUAUUUCAGAGUCUCUCCGUUCUCAUAACAUGCAGAGCCCCCUUGAGGUCAGUCCGGUGAGCGACCAGAGUACAAUUCGGCCUUUGGCACGCCAACUUGGCAAUAUUACAUCGUCGGAGCCAACGUCUGAACAUGUCGACAACGUCAGUCCGAUGAGUCAGAGUACAGUUCAACCUUUAGCGAGCCCACUUCGCGAUAUUCCACCGCUGGAUUUCACAAGCAGAUACGAGAGCGAUGCCGUUCUUUGCCAUUUUUGUGAACAACCAUACUCGGAUGAGGGAGAGCCCAAAGUCUAUCUCCCCUGUGGACAUUCUUUCGGGCUCGACUGCCUCUAUCGAUGGAUCUCGAAUGUGCUUUCUCUAGUUAUUUUCGACGAGCUUCCCUUUGCACAUUUCAGAUGCCCCUACGACUGUAUCAGCCUCCGGCACCUCUGUGGCCAUCUUGUCACGCCAUACGAUUCUCCGCCACAUCCGUUGCAUACCGACGUCUCAGCCUUUGCCAUUCCAUCAGCCUAUGAGUUCUGCAGAAAGGGAAGGGGCAGAAAACUGAGUCGCGAUAUCAAGCGGCUUCGAUCCAUGGAGAAAGCUUUGGUGGGAGAUCCGGAUCACUUGCUUCAGAGAGGGAAGCGGCACAAAAUCCUUGACGUGCUUUCUUUCCACCGACCUCCUUUCAGCACCAAGCUAUUAUCGAUGGUAAAAGAUUCGAGACUCAAAGCCGAGACAGAUCUCUGGCAUGAACAAAGGACUUGGUGGCUCGAUGAAUGGGCGAAGAGAUGGUGGGUCAACAUUCGAGAGUCUUGGUUUUACACACAUCAUCCAUGGGAGACGGAAAUGCAAAUAAAGUUUCUGCAGGACCUUGAACUUUUGGGGUCUUGA